AUGAGGGCAUCGCAGAAGCUGUGGGGUUUGGGAUGGAUUAUCAGAAAGAGAUGGCUGGAGGCUCAACUGGGAAGUCCUGAUGGUGCUCCUGUCCCUGGAGAUGGAGCCCCUGAUGGAGCAUUGGAGAUGCUGGGUGUGAUGCUCAAAGAUGGCUGUGGGGAUGGGGCAAAUGAUUCUGGAGUUGGCUGUGAAGACACAGAAGGAUUGAAGAGCACUGGGGCUCAUGGAGCUGAUGGUGCUUGGGAGGGAUUAAUGGACAAUGAGGGCAUCGCAGAAGCUGUUGGGGUUUGGGAUGGAUUAUCAGAAAGAGAUGGCUGGAGGCUCAAACUGGGAAGUCCUGAUGGUGCUCCUGUCCCUGGAGAUGGAGCCCCUGAUGGAGCAUUGGAGAUGCUGGGUGUGAUGCUCAAAGAUGGCUGUGUGGAUGGGGCAAAUGAUUCUGGAGUUGGCUGUGAAGACACAGAAGGAUUUGAAGAGACACUGGGCCUCAUGGAGGCUGAUGGUGCUUGGGAGGGAUUUAUGGACAAUGAGGGCAUCGCAGAAGCUGUUGGGGUUUGGGAUGGAUUAUCAGAAAGAGAUGGCUGGAGGCUCAAACUGGGAAGUCCUGAUGAUGGCUGUGUGGAUGGGGCAAAUGAUUCUGGAGUUGGCUGUGAAGACACAGAUGGAUUGGAAGAGACACUGGGCCUCAUGGAGGCUGAUGGUGCUUGGGAGGGAUUUAUGGACAAUGAGGGCAUCGCAGAAGCUGUUGGGGUUUGGGAUGGAUUAUCAGAAAGAGAUGGCUGGAGGCUCAAACUGGGAAGUCCUGAUGGUGCUCCUGUCCGUGCAGAUGGAGCACCUGAUGGAGCAUUGGAGAUGCUGGGUGUGAUGCUCAAAGAUGGCUGUGUGGAUGGGGCAAAUGAUUCUGGAGUUGGCUGUGAAGACACAGAAGGAUUGGAAGAGACACUGGGGCUCAUGGAAGAUGAUGGUUUUUGGGAAGGGUUUAUGGACAAUGAGGGCAUCGCAGAAGCUGUUGGGGUUUGGGAUGGAUUAUCAGAAAGAGAUGGCCGGAGGCUCAAGCUCGGAAUUGAUGAUGGUGCUGUGGACAGAAGAGUCACUGAAGGAGAAGGAGCACUGGAAGGAGCAUUGGAGAUACUUGGUUGGAUGCUCAAAGAUGGCUGUGUAGAUGGUGUACCUGAUUCGUCACUUGGUUGUGAUGACUGGGAAGGAUUUGAAGAGACACUGGGGCUCAUGGAAGAUGAUGGAACUUGA